AAUGUCCCAUUCACGUUCGUUCUCUUCAAGACUUCUCGUCAUCCGAUCUCUUCGGGCUUGCUAGCCAAAUGACACUUGUUGCCACGCGGGCCUAUAAUUUGAUAUAUAGCUACCACGAUUAUGUCCAGCCUGCAGAUACGAUAAAAAAAACUCAUUCUCUGGCCCAACUCCUGAAUCUAAAGGCGGUGGUUCAUUGCGCAAGAUCUCUUGAGUGUGUCUGCAUAAGUGCGCAACGGAGGGCGCAACUUUGAGAACAUAACAUAUUUAUAUUCAUCUGCCCACGACCCAACUCAUACAAUCACUUUUAUAAUUUCACCAGUUCACAUUUCUUUCGUUUCUCGUCAUCCUUCACUAAGGUUCAACAAACGCGUUCGAUAGCUAGAGUAAUAAUGAAGCUCUCUGCACUUUCAGUAAUAGCGAGCCUUGCACUCAGUGCGCUGUCGCAACAAAUAUCAUUGCCACUCAAGACCGACAGCAGAUGGAUUCUCGACAAUGCUGGCAACAGGGUCAAGUUACGCUGUAUCAACUGGCCUGGCCACAUGGAAACGAACAUACCUGAAGGCUUGGACAAGCAGUCAAUUGACUACAUUGCCGACUUCAUCCAACAACAAGGAUUUAACUGCGUUCGCCUUACAUACUCCAUCGACCAUGCACUGAACCCUGAAGUAAGCGUCCAAGACUCAUUCAUCGCUGCUGCCCUGGCUGCCAACAUUCCGGUUGAAACCUUCGAUGCGACGUACGCACGUGUGGUCGAGAAGAACCCCUUUGUGGCAAACGCAACCACGCAAGAUGUUUUUGGCGCAGUCAUCAAGUCUCUCUGGGAUAGAAAUGUUAUGACUAUCCUGGAUAACCAUGUCAGCAAGGCGGGUUGGUGUUGCGACCUUGAUGACGGUAACGGCUGGUGGGACAAGGCGCAGGGCUAUGUUGAAUCCAACAGCAGAUAUUUCAACACCGGAAACUGGCUCAACGGUCUUUCUGCGAUGGCAACAUGGGCAACCUCGCAGCCAGGUGUCGUGGCGAUGUCCCUUCGGAACGAGCCCAGACCUUUUCCAGUCCUACAAGAUUUCUUGGACGGCCACUCGGGAUGGCUUAACUUCAUGCAGCAGGGUGGAGAGCGUGUCCACGAAGCGAACCCGGAUGUCCUGGUCCUUGUUGGAGGAACCCAGUCCACCCAGGAUCUGACCGUUACGAAGACCAGAAACCUUGACUACAGUGCCUGGGCUGGAAAGCACGUCUGGGAGAUGCACGCUUACGAGUUUAGCGUGACGUACUCUGCAGCGGGAGAUAACUGUGAUAUUCGUCAGGAUCUGUACGGAGCUUUUGUUGGCUUCGUCCUCGAGCAAGGCCAGGAAUUUACCGCGCCACUAAUCAUGUCAGAAUGGGGUAUGGCUCUGUCGGGUGGUCCAAACGAUGGGCUCACCGACGACGGUAAGAAUUACUACGAUUGCGUGAAGGAGUAUAUGUUGGGCAACGACAUGGACUGGGCUUUGUGGGGCAUUCAGGGUAGUUACUACGUCAGAGAAGGGACCGCCGACGCCGAGGAGACUUGGGGUCUUAUGGAUAAGGAAUGGAGUGGUUUGAGGAAUGAGCAAAUUUACACAUCGAUGGCAGAUUUGUUUACAGUCACGCAAGGUCCUUAGAAAGGAGCUGGUGGUGUGAGGUUAUGAUGGCUAAUAGAUGAUAAUGGCAUAAUUUUUAUUAUGUGGACGGGAGAGACGCUUAGAAGUACUUUGAACGGUCUUGGAUAGCCUUCUGGUUUUGUGAAUACGUAUUUGCUAAUUUACACCAAAGAUUCUGAG